GUCAUUUCUAUAAAUUCAAGUCUAGGAAACGAAACUGAAAACGGGCUACCUUUCCCCGACUUGCUAGUUUUCAACACAGCCAUUUCUGAGACACACCCUGUUGUUUCUGAGCCAGUUCAAGCUCAGACUGAGGUAAAGCAGAGAAUAAACUUCCACAGAAAAAGAAAGGAAAUGGUUGUCUCUAACAUCGCUGAAGGAAGAAAAUACAGACGUUAGAUGUUUUCUGCACCAAAAUACAUGGUUUUCUCUUUAUUUAUGCAGAAGAAAUUUGAAAGACAAUCUGAGUAUCAGAAUGGCAGAGCAAUGGAACCUACCAAAAAACACAGAUGAGUGGACAAAAGAGGAUGUAAAUUGCUGGUUAGAAAGUCAAAAAAUUGACCAAAAACACAGGGAAAUCUUGACUGCACAAGAUGUGAAUGGAACAGUCUUGAAGUGGUUAACUAAAACUGACCUCAUCGAUAUGGGCCUAACACACGGACCAGCUAUCCAAAUAGAAUGUCUAUUCAAAGAACUGCAGAAAACAUCCUCCGAAGAUCCUAUUCAGACAUGUAAGAGGAAAAAAGGUAGUAAAAAUGUUCCUAAAACACAAACUUUGAUGCAAGAGGAAAAUGGAAAAACUUCAAAGCAAAAACAAGAGGAUAAAGAGAAAUCAGAUAUGGCUAAUGCCUCUACAAUAAAUACAAUUACUAAAGGUUCUAAGUCACUAAAAAAUGAAUACAUGGAAGAUGAAAUAGAAGACACAAAGGAAAAUAAGCCAUCCAUGGAACUGACAUGUGCAUCAUACCCUUUUGAUGAAUUCAGUGAUCCAUAUCGUUACAAAUUGAAUUUUUGUCUACAGCCUGAAACAGGACCACUCAAUCUCAUUGACCCAGUACAUGAAUUCAAAGCUUUCACAAAUACAAACACAGCCGCAGAAGAAGAUAUUAAGAUGAAAUUUAGCAAUGAAGUCUUCCGAUUUGCUUCAGCUUGUAUGAAUUCACGAACCAAUGGCACCAUUCAUUUUGGAGUCAAAGACAAACCCCAUGGAAAAAUUGUUGGCGUGAAAUUCACCAAUGUCACCAAGGAAGCCCUCAUUGAUCACUUCAAUCUGAUGAUCCACCAGUAUUUUGAAGACCAUCAAGUCCCAAAAGCAAAGAACUGCAUUCGCGAGCCAAGAUUUGUAGAAGUUUUACAGCAAAACAGUAUUCCAUCUGACAGAUUUGUUAUUGAAGUGGAUGUUAUUCCAAAACACUCUGAAUGUGAACAUGAUUAUUUUCAGAUUAAAAUGCAAAAUUACAACAACAAAAUAUGGGAACAAAGACCAAAAUUCUCAGUCUUUGUGCGAGAUGGGGCCAACUCUAAAGACAUCAUAAAAAAUAAUGCAGAGUUCAGAGCAUUUAAAUUAGAUUUAAAAAGACUAGCAGACGCUAGGAAAGAAGCAGAAGCAGAAGGAAAAUGUAGAGUAAAAACAAGUAAAAAAGAGACUGAUGGACCAAAGCUUGUUCAAUUGCUGACAGGAAAUCAGGAUUUGUUAGAUAAUUCAUACUAUGAAUGGUACAUUCUUGUAACAAAUAAAUGCCACUCAAAUCAAAUAAAACACUUAGAUUUCCUAAAAGAAAUUAAAUGGUUUGCUGUACUGGAGUUUGAUCCUGAAUCUGUGAGCGAAGGAAUAGUCAGAGCUUACAAAGAAAGCCGAGUAGCAAACCUUCACUUGCCAAGUCUGUAUGUGGAGGGGAAAACCACACCAAUUGAGAAGAUUUCCAGUCUGAAUCUUUAUCAACAACCCAGCUGGAUUUUCUGCAAUGGCAGGUUGGACCUUGACAGUGAAAAAUAUAAACCCUUAGAUCCAAGUUCCUGGCAAAGAGAAAAAGCAUCUGAAGUCAGGAAAUUGAUUUCAUUUCUUACACAUGAAGAUAUAUUGCCAAGAGGGAAGUUUUUAGUAGUAUUUCUAUUACUCUCCUCUGUGGAUGACCCAAGAGACCCCCUCAUUGAGACCUUCUGUGCUUUCUACCAAGAUCUGAAAGGAAUGGAAAAUAUAUUGUGUAUUUGUGUACACCCGCACAUAUGUCAGAGAUGGAAAGAUCUGCUUGAAGCAAGAUUAACAAAACAACAAGAUGAAUUAUCAAGUCAAUGUAUUUCUGCUUUAAAUCUUGAAGAGAUAAAUGGCACUAUUCUUAAACUAAAAUCUGUGACUAAAUCUUUAAAGCGAUUUUUGCCAUCUAUUGGCUCAUCUACUGUCCUUCUGAAAAGGGAAGAAGAUAUCAUGACCGCUCUGGAAAUUCUGUGUGAAAAUGAAUGUGAAGGUACACUCUUAGAGAAGGACAAAGAUAAAUUUCUUGAAUUCAAGGCAUCAAAAGAGGAAGACUUCUAUCGAGGUGGUAAAGUAUCAUGGUGGAACUUCUACUUUUCUUCUGAAAACUAUUCUUCACCUUUUGUCAAAAGGGAUAAAUAUGAAAGACUUGAAGCAAUGAUUCAAAACUGGGCAGAUUCUUCUAAGCCAACAAGUGUCAAAAUUAUUCAUUUGUAUCAUCAUCCAGGCUGUGGUGGGACUACCUUGGCUAUGCACAUUCUCUGGGAACUAAGGAAGAAAUUCAGAUGUGCCGUGCUGAAAAACAAGACAGUGGAUUUUUCUGACAUUGGAAAACAAGUGACUGAUUUAAUCACCUAUGGGACAAUAAACCAUCAGGAAUAUUUACCUGUACUGCUCCUUGUUGAUGAUUUUGAAGAACAAGAUAAUGUCUAUCUUCUGCAGGCCUCUAUUCAAACAGCUGUAGCUAAUAAGUGCAUUCGAUAUGAGAAACCCCUAGUGAUCAUCCUAAAUUGCAUAAGAUCACAGAAUCCUGAAAAAUGUGCAAAGAUGUCAGAUAGUAUCGCCCUAAUACAACAACUAUCUUCCAAAGAACAGAGGGCCUUCGAGCUUAAAUUGAAAGAAAUUGAAGAGCAACAUAAAAACUUUAAAGAUUUUUAUUCCUUCAUGAUCAUGAAAACCAAUUUUAAUGAAAAGUACAUAGAAAAUGUGGUCAGGAAUAUCCUGAAGGGACAAAUUAUUUCCACCAAGGAAGCAAAGCUCUUUUCUUUUCUGGCUCUUCUUAAUUCAUAUGUGCCCAAUACCACCAUUUCACUAUCACAGUGUGAAACUUUCUUAGGAAUCACAAACAAGAAAGCUUUCUGGGGACCAGAAAAAUUUGAAGAUAAGAUGGGCACCUACUCUACAAUUCUGAUAAAAACAGAGGUGGUGGAAUGUGGAAACUACAAGGGAGUGCGGAUUAUUCACCCUCUGAUUGCUGCUCGUUCACUGGAAGAAUUGAAGAUAAGCUAUCACUUGGAUAAAAGUCAAAUUAUGCUGGAUUUGCUAACAGAAAAUUUGUUCUAUGAUCCGAGUAUAGGAAGAAGCAAAUUUUUUCAAGAUAUGCAAACACUGCUGCUCACAAGACAGCGCAAUGAACAUGAAGGUGAAACAGGAACUUGGUUUUCCCCAUUCAUUGAAGCAUUACAUAAAGAAGAAGGGAAUGAAGCAGUUAAAAAAGUAUUGCUUGAAGGUAUUCAUCGGUUCAACCCAAAUGCAUUCAUUUGCCAAGCGCUGGCAAGACAUUUCUACAUUAAAGAGAAGGACUACACCAAUGCCCUAAAAUGGGCAACUCAAGCAAAAAACAUAGAACCUAGCAAUUCCUAUAUCUCGGAUACAAUGGGUCAAGUCUACAAAAGUAAAAUAAGAUGGUGGAUAGAGGAUAAUGGAAAAAACAGGAACAUUUCGGUUGAUAAUUUAACUGAACUUUUGGAUUUAGCAGUACAUGCCUCAAAUGCAUUCAAAGAAUCUCAACAGCAAAGUGAAGAUAGAGAGGAUGAAGUGACGGAAAGGUUUUAUCAGAAGUCAAAAAGGCGAUAUGAUACUUAUAAUAUUGCUGGUUAUCAAGGGGAGAUAGAAGUUGGGCUGUACACAAUUCAGAUUCUCCAGCUCAUUCCUUUUUUUGACAACAAAAAUGAACUAUCUAAAAGAGAUAUGAUUAAUUUUAUAUCAGGAAGUAGUGAUAUUCCUGGGGAUUCAAACAAUGAAUUUAAAUCAGCCCUCAAGAACUUUAUUCCUUAUCUAACUAAUUUGCAAUUUUCUUUGAAAAAGUCCUUUGAUUUUUUUGAUGACUAUUUUGUCCUUCUAAAACCCAGGAACAACAUUAAGCAAAAUGAAGAGAACAAAACUCGGAGAAAGGUGGCUGGAUAUUUUAAGAAGUAUGCAGAUAUAUUUGGUCCCUUAGAGGAAUUACAAAACAAAGAUCUCAAAUCAAAACUUAGUUUGCCACUUCAAGUAGAGCUGUAUCGGAGAAGACUAGAAGUUUUAAAAGCAGACAGGUUUUCUGGGCUCUUGGAAUAUCUCAUCAAAAGUCAAGAAGAUGCCAUUAGUACCAUGGAAGAUAUAGUGAGCAAAUAUACUUUUAUCUUCGAACAAUGCACUGUCAGAAUCGUGCCAAAGGAAAAGCAAAAUUUCAUCUUAGCCAACAUCAUUCUCUACUGUAUUAAACCUACCUCCAAAAUAGUGAAUCCAAUUAAAAAACUGAAAGCUCAGCUCCGAGAAUUCUUACAACAAGUAGGACCGACUUAUCAGUUUUCAGAACCUUACUUCCUAGCUUCCCUCUUAUUCUGGCCAGAAAACCAACAACUAGACCAAGAUUCUAAACAAAUGGAAAAGUAUGCUCGAUCACUCGAAAAUUCUUUUAGGGGGCAAUAUAAACAUAUGUAUCGGACAAAGCAACCAAUUGCAUAUUUCUUUCUUGGGAAAGGUAACAAUAUGAACAGACUUGUUCACAAAGGGAAAAUUGAUCAAUGCUUUGGAAAGACACCUGACAUUAAUUUCUUGUGGCAGAGUGGAGAGGUAUGGAAGGAGAAAAAAGUCCAAGAACUUUUGCUUCGUUUAAAGGGACGAGCUGAAAAUAAUUGUGUAUACAUAGAAUAUGGAAUCAAUGAAAAAAUCACAAUACGCAUCUUACCUGCUUUCUUGGGUCAAUUAAGAAGUGGCAGAAGCAUAGAAAAAGUAUCUUUUUACAUGGGAUUUUCCAUUGGAGGCCCACUUGCUUAUGACAUUGAGGUUAUUUAAGAGCCUGAUCUUGAUCUUCUCUCUACAAGAAUGUAGUCUUGGUACCACCUAAUUUUUUUUGACCCAAAAUCUAUACUUUAAAUUUCCUCUUACGUAUGUUAUGAGUCCUACACAGACUGUAGUGAAAAGGAAGGAAUGAGAAAUAUGGAAAGUAUCAAAUACCUUCCUUUAUUUGAAAAACACCAUCAAGGACAAGAUAAAAAAAGGAGCUAUGUAUGGAAUUAAGAGAGGUGAAUGUAAUAUAUCUGCCACACAGACCCGCACUAGUUUCCCCAAUUACUCAAUCAAGUCAUGGACUGAGGAAGAGAGGAACUUCCAGAAGGACUUUCCUGUCAAUUGUAAAAAUUUUGCAGAAUAGGAAAAAAUAGUUAUGAUUUUAAGACAUUACAAAAUCUGGAAAAUAAUUUCACAAAAAAAGCAAAAUCUUCUCAAACUGAGGAGCAACAUUUAUUCUUACCGAGCAGACCAGAAAUGUACCACGCACUCAAGAAUCUUUCAAAGCAGAGAACCAACAAGUUCUCUGAAGGUCAGAGUCAUAGAAGUCAGCAGAUCUUGCCAAAUAAUUGAACCUGAAUCUGAUCAAGCCUCUUGAUGUUUCUUCCAGUUGAAAGAAAAUACAGAUGUUGGUUAUGCUUCAAAGUAAUUCCAUGUUUGGAGUAUGGGGAUGGUGAAAGGAAAGUAGAGAUGCAGAAUAGCUGCAAGAAGACUGGACCUGCGCUAACAAUGGCUGCGUGAUGCAUACAUGGGAGUUCAUUAUACUCUUUUCCUGUGCUUUUGAAAUUUUCUGUUAAAAUUUCUAAAACAAAAAAUGCAGUUUGUUUUUGUCUUCACAAUUACAUUCAAACUUUUCCCUGGGAGAGGUUUUUCCCUUGCUCCUGCAUGAAAUUUCAGUUCCAUAACUGACCAGCUAUCUCUUGGUUUAAAAAAAAAAAAAUCCUCUGGCCAAACACAGUAGUUUCAAUUUAGAAAAUGAGAAUAUCCAGCCACAUUUCCCUAUGGGGCCACUUCCCUCUCUGCCCCAGGUUUCAGUCUCCUCUACACAAAAUGAUCUGUUGGAUUCCUCUUGCUUUCCCCACGUGAUUCUUUUAAACUCAAAUCAAGCCAGUUUAAGCAGGUACUCUCUUUCUCCCAUGACCUCCUUGGGUGCAUGGGAAACAUUCAUGGAUAUUUGCUCUACCAUUGGUAGGAAGUACAACAAAUUUCCAGUCUUGGGAACAACAUGCCCCACAAAGUCAGGAGGACACAGGUCAAGAACUCCAAGUAAACUUCUUGUAGACAGUUCCCUUCUGCCCUUGCCAGCCCUGCUCUCUAGGCUCAAGAUGAGAUUCUCAUGGUGGUUGGGAGAACUUUUGCCAAAAGAGGCUCUUAAUAAACCCUGUCUUCCUCAGUCCCAGCAGAGGGCAAACUACAGCCUGUAGACCACAUCCAGCUUGUCUUUCAAAUAAAGUUUUAUUGAAACACAGCCACA